GGGAUGCGGCCGAGCUGUCAAUACGUAAUGAAUCGAUAAUCGGUUAAUAUGAAGGCCGGAGAGGAGACGGGGCUCCGGUGACAGGUGACGCCUCUAACCGGUACAGCAUGGAGCAAGCGGUAGAGUCUGAGACCUCAGAAGCUUCUUCUUCAGAUGGAAGAUAGAGCUCACGUGACAUCCCGGGGAGGGGGCGCGUGGGAUGGAGGCGACACUGGGGGGCAUCCGGCUUGAGAUGCAAAACCCGUUCCAGAUGGCGGCCCUGCGCGAAACUUUCUACAAUUCCGUUGCUCAGCUAAAGUCUUCCCCGAGCCUGAAGAAGAUGGUCGCCAUCACGGCCCUCGGCGCAGUGUCUCUUAUCUUCCUCGCCCGCCACUUUAAACGAAGACGAGGAAAGAAGAAAAGUAAAGGCCCCCCUGCGUGGGAACCGGGCCGCUUGCUUCUGGAAAGCACCAAAAAGGCGGCUUCGGAAAAAGGCUCCAGCUGUUCCGGAAGCCGGCAGAACCUGGCGCUCUCCCUGAGCUCCGCGAAAGGCUCCCAUUUCCGCACCAACGGAGAGCUGUGCGCUAAAUACUCCGGCUCCGCGCAGAGCUUGGCAUCGGUGCGAAGCAUGAACUCGUGUCCCAGCUGCGCAUGCACGAACGCCGCUUCCUGGGAUAAAGCAGACGAGGAGGACUGGAAGCUCGGGAAUAUCCCGGUCACCACCCCGGAGAAUCUCUACCUGAUGGGCAUGGAUCUGUUCGAGGAGGCGCUACGCCGGUGGGAGCAGGCGCUGACGUUUAGAAGCAGGCAGGCGGAAGACGAAGGAGGCUGCGGGUCGAUCAAACUGGGAGCAGGAGAUGCCAUAGCCGAGGAAAACAUGGAGGAUGUGAUCAGCGCAGAAUUCAUCCACAAGCUGGAGGCCCUGCUGCAGAGAGCCUAUCGGCUGCAGGAGGAAUUCGAGGCCACCCUUGGGGCAUCCGAUUCUGCGUCUAUGGCUAAUGACAUCGAUAAAGAAACCGAUGUAACGGCGACGGAGAGCGGCGAGUAUCUCGGAGCGAGAGACACCCUCAGCGUGGCAUCCACAGACUCCUUUGUGUCGGCUGCCGAGCUGACGGAGAAGCGCGAGUCCCGGCCCCCGUGGAGUCUCGAUUCCCUGAGUCGGAGUCCCCUGUACGAGGAGGCCAUGAGCUUGGCGGAAGAAGAACAAAUCCACUGCAGGGCCCUCAGGACAGAGAUGUUGGAAUGUCUCAGCGACACGGACUUUCUCGCUAAACUUCACUGCCUCCGCCAGGCGUUCCGGGUGAUUAUUUCGCAGGCAGAAAACAGGAUUUUCCUCGCAGAUUUAGGAAGAAAAGCUUUAUCGGCUCUGAUUGUCAAAGCCAGGAAGAAGCCGAAGCGGUUUGAAGACGUCUACGACCAGAUGAUGCGUUAUUUGGAGCGGCCCGAGGUGUGGACGGACGUAGAAGAGGAGCUCUGCGGACGAGGCGUAAAAAAUAUCAACUUCUAUGACAUCGUCCUGGAUUUCAUUUUAAUGGAUUCUUUCGAAGAUCUUGAAAACCCUCCUUUAUCAAUCCAGAAUAUCGUGAAAAACCGCUGGCUGAACAACUCUUUCAAGGAAACGGCUGUGGCUUCCAGCUGCUACUCGGUGCUGAAGCAGAAGAGGCAGCUGAUGAAGCGACCCGAUGGAUUCUUCGCUGGGUUCUACGCCGUGUGUGAGCAGAUCUGUCCGGUUCUGGUCUGGGGUUUUCUGGGUCCAAAGAAUUCAUUUCACGAUCUCUGCUGUUUUUACCGGGAUCAACUUCUUUGCUUCCUGAAGGAUAUCUUUGACUUUGAGAAAGUCCGCUACUCGAGCGUCGAAUGUUUGUCGGGUGACAUCAUGGCGCGCCUGCAUCAUCGCACAGAGCUGCUGGCCGUUUAUUUGGGAUCUGAUUCGGCAAAAUCUGCGUCAAUCAAAUCCCGGGAAUCCCAACAGCCUGACGGGAGACCGGAGUGAAGCACGGCUCAGGGGCAAUUCCACCGAGAGAAGAGAGGCCGGUCGGUGUCC